AUGUCUUCCACAUCUUACCUUGUCACCGGCGGAAACAGAGGAAUUGGUCUAUCACUAGUCAAAGAAUUGAGUUCCGACUUGAAAAACACCGUGGUGGCUACUGCUAGAGAACCAAGCGCGGCCAGUGACUUGAAGAAAUGGGCUGCGGAGCAUUCUAAUGUGAAGAUUGUGCAGUUGGAUGUCUCUUCAGGCGAAAGCGUCCAGAAUGCCGCCAAAGAAACUGCCAAGAUUCUACCUGAUGGUUUAGAUGCGUUGGUGUCAAAUGCUGGUGUGCUAAAGGACAUCGGCAAGUUUCUAGACCAUCCUGAUGACCUUUAUAUCGAGCAGUUCGACGUCAACACUGUCGGUCCUAUUAGAUUAGUGAAAGCCUUCAAGCCUUUGCUAGACCAGAAGGAAACGAAAGAGGUUGCCGUGGUUUCUUCUCUAGUUGGAUCGCUAAAUGUCGAGCUGCCGGCGGGAUUUUCGGGUUAUGGAGUGUCUAAAGCUGCAACUAACUAUGUUGUCAAGGGAUUGAUCCAAGAACUUGCUCCUGAGGGCUACAGCAUUGUUGCAAUUCACCCAGGUUUAGUGGGGAGCGACAUGGGUGCGGACUCGUUGGUGCAAAUGGGUGACGAGGUCGCUGGCCAAUUGAAAAAGGCCUUGCCAUUGCUAACCACCGAGGAGUCGGCAAAAGCUAUCAAGGAAAAUGUUCUGACAGACUUGAAGAGCAAGAACGCUGGUAAGUUCUUGAGUUACGAUGGCUCUGAGCUACCGUGGUAG